CAUGUCAGACUGAAGCGUGCUGCUCAUCAUGGAUUGCCCUUUUGAGCUCGGGUGUUUCCGAAAGGCGGAUUUGAGCGCAGAUCUCUGCGUCAGUGCGUUUGAUGGACUCUACCUUGAACAGGAAGAGUCUACGGAAGACAGCACUGUUGAAAUAGGGCCUGUCACCAUGUCUGUGAGUGAGACUAAAGAACAUUUUUCUAAAAUGGAUCAUCCAGAAACCUUAACUUUGGCCCUUACUUGCCCCAUCUGCCUGCAGCUCUUCUCUGGUCCAGUUUCUCUUCCCUGUGGUCACAUCUUCUGCUUUGCCUGCCUUCAGACCAUGGGAAAAGGCCUUGACAAACACAGCUGCCCUGAGUGCCAGGCAGACUACCAGGGAACUAAAGCCCUUGUGAAAAGCUCCACAAUGUGCAGCAUCAUAGACACCUACAAAGCCACUGCAGGGAGAGUCAACUCCACUGCAAACCCUUCUGACAUCGGCCAUUUUAUCAAGAGUGAUGAUCGCUCCGUUACAGAAGAAUCAAACACAAAACACCACCAGGAGAGCUCAGGGUGUAAGGGAAAUGACGGCUUUCAAGAACAAGGCAGUGGCAAAGGCAAGAUGGAAAUGGAUGAACCUAAAUUCAGAAUGGCAUCUGAAGUCACAGAGUUGAGCCUCAAGUUGGAGAUGGCGGAGAGUGUGCUGAGGAAGGAGAAGGAGCGGGAGCUAGAGGUGACCACUGCUAAUGGUCAUCUGAGAGAGAAAGCAUGCAGACUUUUAAGGCAGAUAACAGAUUUGUCGCAAAGCUACAGCGCACAGGUGCUGCAGCUGAUUGAAGAAGAGCUCGGCCCAGGUGAGGCCAGUGUAGGCAGUCGAGUCAGCCAAGCGUCCGAGCUAACGGAGCAGCUGAGACAAGCCAUGCUCAGAGCAGAGUCCCUUCUGACUGAGGAUGACGAGGCUGCAUUCACUGACGAGCUUCAGACUCUACAACCGCACAUUGUGGAGUUAAUGGCCAAGCCUGUGGGAGAAGAGGACGACCAUGUUGAAUCAAAAGUUAACUCUGCACGAGCCUGUCCCAAGCUGGAAGACAUGAACACUGAGCUGAGGGAAAGAUUUGGACAGAUUCAGCGCUCCCUUCGAAACACCCUCAACCCUUCAGAGGUGACCUUUGACCCAGAAACGGCCCACCCCAACUUCGUCCUCUCAGAGGACUUGAAGACAGUGACUUUCAGCGCUGCCAAACAGCCCUACCCAGUCUCUCCUCAGAGGUUCACAAACUUCUUCCAGGUCCUCAGCACCCAGAGCUUCUACGAAGGCGAUCACUGCUGGGAGGUGGACCUCGAAGGUUCUCCGUGGAUCAUCGGCGUGUGCUACAGUGGGAAGCUGGCACGUAGCGGGCUGCCCUCUGCCCUGGAAAGCAGCCGGAGCUCCUGGUGUCUGAUGUGGUUCAACAACCUACUGACAGCCUUCGAGCAGGGUCACGACGUACCACUGAAGAGGACCACGGUAUCACGCAGGCUAGAGAUCAGACUGAGUUUCAAGACUCACAGGCUGAGCUUCUACAACGUCAGCUCCGUCAGCGGGAAGAGUCAUGUGUACACAUUUAAGGCUCACCUGACUGAACCAGUGCACCUGGCCUACAGGAUGAUGUCGGGGCACCCUAAAGGCCGUGUCACUAUUUAUUCAUAAUCAUAACUUUAUUCCUAGCAAAUGUGCUGCAAAGUAAUAACAUUUUUUGAGACUUGAUGUAUAUAACUUGAUAGAUAGCAGGCUCUGAUUUCCUCAUUCCUCAAAGAGUUCAGGAAUUAUGAUGGCACUUCUGAUCACCUACUUACUCACUUUUGCCUAGUACUUUGGAUGAACUCUAUUUUAGUAUGCCUGAAAACAUAUAGUGCUCAAAAUGAUGUUAAUUGAUGUGUUAAUAAAUGCCAAUGUUCUGUCAAUGUUAUUAUUUAUUUAUUUUUACUUAAGGGUAAUGCGUGUGUAAAGAUACAAAGUAAAAAGCAUUAACAUUGAA